AGGGUCUCCAUUUUGGGACUUUCUAAUCCCUGAGCCCCUAUUAUUUUCAUCAUGGGCUUCUUCCAGGCUCUAGCGUGGACACUUCUGGUUGGGCCAUGGACCCCUAUGGGCGCUCAGAACCCCAUUUCAUGGGAGGUGCAGCGAUUUGAUGGGUGGUACAACAACCUCAUGGAGCACAGAUGGGGCAGCAAAGGCUCCCGGCUGCAGCGCCUUGUCCCAGCCAGCUAUGCAGAUGGCGUGUACCAGCCCUUGGGAGAACCCCACCUGCCCAACCCCCGAGACCUUAGCAACACCAUCUCGAGGGGCCCUGCAGGGCUGGCCUCCCUGCGAAACCGCACAGUGUUGGGGGUCUUCUUUGGCUAUCACUUGCUCUCCGACCUGGUGAGCGUGGAAACGCCCGGCUGCCCCGCCGAGUUCCUCAACAUCCGCAUCCCGCCCGGAGACCCCGUGUUCGACCCCGACCAGCGUGGGGACGUGGUGCUGCCCUUCCAGAGGAGUCGCUGGGACCCAGAGACCGGACGCAGCCCCAGCAACCCCCGGGACCUGACCAACCAGGUGACCGGCUGGCUGGACGGCAGCGCCAUCUAUGGCUCCUCGCACUCCUGGAACGACGCGCUGCGGAGCUUCUCCGGGGGACAGCUGGCGUCGGGGCCCGACCCCGCCUUCCCCAGAGACUCGCAGAACCCCCUGCUCAUGUGGGCGGCGCCCGACCCCGCCACCGGGCAGAGCGGGCCCCGGGGGCUCUACGGUGAGGCCGCGAGGGCGAGACGGGGCCGGCUGGGGGUCUCCGAGU